GCGCUUCGUUCCCGGCGUUUUUCAUUUUCCGGACUUACUGGCAAACUUUGACCGCAGGCGCCGGAACUACUACGCAUGCGUCGUCCCUUUGCAUGGUGGGCUUUCUGAUUCUCGCUGCCGCCGCGGGAGCAGUGGCGCUCUUGCUGGUCGUGAGACUAUGUGUCGUGCUUCAGCUCCGUCACGUCACUCCCCGAGAGUCUGUCGGACUCCUGAUAGUUGCUGGAUCCGGUGGACAUACCACUGAGAUCCUGAGGCUGGUUGGAAGCUUGUCCAGUGCUUACUCCCCCAGGGAUUACGUCAUUGCCGACUCUGAUAAGAUGAGUGCCAAGAAAAUUAUUUCUUUUGAAGAUGCUCGAAAGAGAGACUCUGCUACUGAGUGCACCCCGUACUGCCUUCACCGCAUUCCAAGAAGCCGGGAGGUUCGGCAGGCCUGGCUCUCCUCGGUGUUCACCACCUUAUACUCCACGUGGUUUUCCUUUCUCCUGGUUUGCCGAAUAAAGCCAGAUUUGGUGCUGUGUAAUGGACCAGGAACAUGUGUUCCCAUCUGUAUGUCUGCCCUGCUCCUUGGGAUACUUGGAAUAAAGAAAGUGAUCAUUGUCUACGUUGAGAGCAUCUGCCGAGUGGAAACUUUAUCCCUGUCUGGGAAGAUUCUCUAUCACCUCUGUGAUUACUUCAUUGUUCAGUGGCCGGCUCUUAAGGAGAAGUACCCCAAGUCUGUGUACCUUGGGCGAAUUGUUUGACAAAUGGCAACUUAAUCUUUUUUUUUCCUUUUUUUUUAAAAAGAUUUAUUUAUUUAUUAAGUAUACAGUGAUCUGCCUGGCCUGCAGGCCAGAAGAGGGCACCAGAUCUCAUUACAGGUUGUUGUAAGCCACCAUGUGGUUGCUGGGAAUUGAACUCAGGACCUUUGGAAGAGCAGGCAGUGCUCUUAACCACUGAGCCAUCUCUCCAGCACACAACUUAAGAAUCUUGAGAAUUAAUACAAUUACCAAUAAUGUUUACUAUAUCUAUCUAUCUCUAUGUAAAGUUCUCCAAAAGCCCAAAGAAUAAUCAGGGGUGAAGGAUUUAAAGUGUGCAACUAACUCAGUGAAGAAAGACAAAUAGCUUUGUCUGCACAUCAAAAUAGUUUUCUAAAUAAAAAUGUAUAUAUAUAACACUA